AUGGAUUAUGAAAAAGUAGCGAUACAAAAUGGUUUUUUAAGUGCAAUAACAAGAGAAUUUUCAAAUUAUCUAGAUGAACAAGAUUCGUUAAAAGAGUUAAGGAAUGAGUUUGAAUUGCCUAUACAAAAGAAUAAAGCAGAUAAGCUAUGUAUUUAUAUGUCUGGUAACUCGCUUGGAUUAUUAUCUAAGCGUAUACGGGUGUUAAUAAACGAAGAACUAAACGUAUGGGCGAAACAGGGAGUAAAUGGACAUUUUGAACAUUUUUAUGGAAGAGAAUGGGUUAGAAUAGAAGAAACAGUAAGAGAAGGAUUAGCAAAAAUAGUUGGAGGAAAAAAAAUCGAAGUUGUUGCAAUGAAUUCUUUAAGUGUGAAUAUUCAUCUUUUAAUGGCAUCUUUUUAUAAGCCACAAGGAUUUAAACGGAAAAUUUUGAUAGAGGAUCAUGCAUUUUCAUCAGAUUAUUAUGCGAUUGCUUCACAUCUUAGUUGGCAUGGUUUAAAUCCUGAAACAGAAAUUUUGACUGUAUCACCGUUAAAAGGAUGUUAUACAUUGACGACAGAACAUAUUUUACAGACAAUUGAUAAACACGCAAAUGAAAUUGCUAUGAUCUUUUUUUCUGGUGUUCAUUAUUAUACUGGGCAAGCAUUUGAUAUUUCUACUAUUACAAAAUAUGCGAAAUCAAAGAGUAUUAUUGUAGGCUGGGAUCUGGCACAUGCAGUUGGAAAUAUUGAACUUAAGCUUCAUGAUUGGAAAGUUGAUUUUGCUGUAUGGUGUACAUAUAAAUAUCUUAAUUCUGGCCCAGGCGGUGUUGGUGGUAUUUUUGUUCAUGAAUAUUAUGCAAAUAAUCGUUUAAGAUUAUUAGGAUGGUGGGGAAACGAUUUGAAAACUCGAUUUAAUAUGAAUAAUCAGCAAUUCGAUUCAUUAUAUGGUGCUUCGGGUUUUCAGAUUUCAAAUCCAUCAGUUUUUAAUAUGGUUUCAUUAUUGGGUAGUCUGGAGGUUUUUUCCAAGGUAUCUAUGUCAAGUAUUCGUCGAAAAUCGGUUUUACUUACUGGUUAUCUCGAAUAUCUUUUAUUAACUCUAUGUUCCAGUGCUUUAUUUACAAUCAUUACACCCGGUAAUCCUGAGGAACGUGGUGCUCAGUUGAGUUUGCGUUUUUAUAAAGAUUCUACGCAAGUUAUUUUCGAUCAAUUACGAGCUAAUGGUGUUGUUGUUGAUUUACGUAAACCAGAUGUAAUUCGAGUAGCUCCCGUGCCUCUUUAUAAUACCUUUGGAGAAGUAUUUGAUUUUGUAUGUAUUUUGAAGAAGAUUUUAGAUUCACUUACAACUUAA